AUGAGCUCCUGGGGAAAUUUUUUCCUCCGAUGGCUGGGAAAGGAACGCAAGAAAGGCAAGACUCGGAGGAAGACGGAAAAACGCGUUGCGCGGAUUCAAGAGGACACAUUUGGCCGGGCUACCGUCCGUAGUCUGGGGGGCUUCACCCUGGGGAUGACCCUCUCUGCAGCCUAUGGGGCCUUGGUCAUUUUUGGCCAAGGCUACAGCAUUUGGUACUGCCUGGUGUCCACCAUUACCCUGGCCAUCGUCCUCGGCCUUGGCAUGGCGUUUUCCUUCAAAGUCCGAGUGACCGUCCUCCUUAUCCUUCCUCAAUUCUUUUCCAAAGAGGGCAAGGCGGUUCUUAUACUCCUGGCCUUCGGGAUGGCGAUGGAAGGACCCUUUGCCAACAUCGUCCGUAACUUCGUCCGGAGCGCCGACACCGUCUCGUGUGGCGCUGAGCUGGCCCUCAACCAGACGGCGGAAAUGCUGCAGCGAGCUCGCGAGCCUCUGAUCACUCACUGCAUGCGCAACGUUUGGUACUUCCUUCUCCACAUGGGGGACGUUUGCAACGACGAGAUGGGCCGGCCGUAUCAGAAGUGCCUCCGCAUCUUCGACAGUGCCAAGGACAAGUGCGAGAGGGCCAUCCCUUUCCUCUCCUUUCUCUGCUACGUCGUACUUCUCUUCAAGCACCUCUGCGGAUUGGCAAACAUCCUUCUGGUUUUCUGUAUCAUCCCGGAUUACAUCGUACCGUUUCUGCGUCGCAGAGUGGCAGAACCCGUGGUGGCCAUGCUGAACCGCGUGCGUGCCGAGUUCGAAUUCAACAUCACCACCAUCCACCAGUACCAGGUGAGCUUCAACGCCAGCAAGAAGCUCUCGGAGGUGGCCUUCGACAUCAUGGAGGAAGUGUCCGAGCGUCUGCAACCGGCACGGGAAGCGGUGGGACUUUUCGGCUACAUGUCCACUCUGGUGAUGCUCUACAUGUACCUCGGGGCUCUCCUGUACCGAAAACAUUACCUCCACGAGGACAGUUUUGACAACAUCUACAUCACCAAACCCUUCCUCGAAAUGGACGCCGUUCGGAGGAAAAACAAGCUCCCGUCUGUGCUGCCCUUAUCGCCGAAGGAAAGCACCAAGUACAUCCGACCCACCUCCAUGGUGUUACCACGCAAGGAGCAGAUCGCCUACGCCCUGGCCCUGGCCCGUAUCUGUCGCCAGUUUAUCCUGGUGAUCCUGCUGAUUGUGGCGGACUUCUCGGUCUACUGGCUGCUCGACUUGGUGCGCUACCAUCUGGUGGGCGAGAUCGUCGCGAGAGCUCCGGUGAUCACCACGAUCAGCGUGAAUGGCUCUGGCUACACCAGUGAACUGUAUCGCGACAUGGUCUCCACCUUCGACGUGCUCCAGGAAGGGAAUAUCAGUGUGGUGUCCCCCAAAUGCCGCCUGCACCCGUCGGAGCCCGACUACGACGGUUACCUCGUGAUCGGUCUCAUGUACGGGGUCUGUUUAUUCAGCGCCAUUUUCGGCACCUAUAUACAACGUACCCGGCGAGUUCUUUGCGCAUGGUAUUAUCCCUCUCGGGAACGGGAACGGGUCUGCUACCUGUACAAUACGAUUUUGACUCGAAGGACCAAUCUUAUGAGAGCUGUGCUUCGGGCCGUACGGCAAAACUCCGCGGAUGAAGGACACCGUAAUAUUCUACUCAUCUUUGCAUCCAAGUUCCGCCUGUGUCGUUGGUUGGUGAAGAAGUUGGGGAUCCACGAGGCGUAUUGCAUGGGCUGCGGGAAGCUGCAGAGGGGGGCGGACAGCGAGGACUUUGUGACGUGCAUCACGCCGGCGUGCCGAGGGAUAUACUGCCCCGAAUGCUACAGGAUCCUCAACAAUACCUGCUCCAUCUGUAUGGCCCCCCUGACGUACCAGGGUGAUAUAGAUGAGGAAAUAGAUUCGAGUGACGAGGAGGCGAUGGUACUCUGGACGAACGCGGUCCAUGCGCUACGCGGAGUCCCCGAUGAGAAACGACAGAAGCAGCGCCGGUUGCUGAAGACCCGGAUCCUGCGAGCGGUGAAAGGGGAAGGCGGGUGCCGCGCGUUGCCCGCACAGCUGGCGAGGAAAAUCCUGGCACAAUUGAAAGAGGAGGAAGAGGAGGAGGAAGAGGAGGAGGAGAAAAGUAGUGAAAGCGAGGAAGAGUCAUCCUCCAGUUCAGACGACGAGAGCAGCACGUUGAGUUCGGACACAAGUCAUCUUGACUUCAGUUACCAAAACGAGGCCGAGAUGAGCAGCGGCGAGGAAUUAGAAGAGGUAAAAACCGAGCCAAAACUUCGCUCGGAUCGAGUGGGAAAGAGAGCCCGAAAAAAAUGA